UGAUUUGUAUACAAUGACAUAACAACAAAAAUGUCAGUCGUUUUCUAAAUUGUGUGCAGUGAGGAUCCGGCUGUCGAAAUUCAAGUAAUCGUCGCAUUUCGUCUCCUUGUCCAACGAAAUUACCAAUAAUCAGUUAAAAUGCAUGACACAAUUAUCCGACUGGCAGAUGUCUGGAAGACCUGCAACAAGAUCCGCGCGGCCGCCUUCCGCGUGGGCCUCAACCUGUGGGAUUGGUACCGCCCGCUGGACCCUGAGGGAAACUCCCUCAUCUCUGAGUCGAAGUUCGUGUCGAUCCUCGCGGGCCCGCUGCGCGCGGUCAUCGGCCUGUCGGACGCCGAGGUCGCGCAACUCGCCGACUACUUCCGAGCGCAAGAUGGCCGCGUGCUGUACCACCAGCUGUGCCAGCUCGUGCACGGUGAAGACACGGGCGGGCGCGACAAGACCACGUCGGACUGCCUGCUGGACGCCUGUCCGCCGCCGCCCGAGCCCGCCUGCCACAAGCUGGACCAGUGGCAGACGCGGCGGCUCUGCUGUCUGCUGGCCACCAUCGCCGCCAGGGAACUGCCGCUCAAGCCCUACUUCCAGGACUACGAGCUGGUUGCCAAAAACGACGGCCGCAUAACAUUCGCGCACUUCGCGCGCAUCCUAAACUACAUCGGCAUCCUGGUGUCUCCGGAGGACUUCAACCUGCUAGUGCGGAAGUUCAUCAAGGACUCGUACACGCUGGACUACGUGGAGUUCCUGAAGGCGGUCGAGGCCGUCAAGAAGGAAGGCAUCCGAGGGUUGGGGCCGGAGUACGAGAACCCUACCGCAGUGAUCGACACGAGCCUGCCGAAGUUGACGCGGCCGGAAGUGGACGCGGGGCUGUCCACCGCGCCGCUGGGGCAGACCGACGUGUUCCACCCGGUGCUCAACCAGCCCAAGCCCAGCCGACAACUCGUCGAGCUCAUGCUCAGAGUGCAGCAAUUUGUACUCCAAAGAAGGAUCAGAGUCUCAGAAUUUUUUAGAGAUUUCGACCCCCUUAACUGCGGCCGCAUUGCGCCGCAGCAGUUUCGGCGGUCCAUGGACGCGAUGGGACUGGGCACCAUACUGGACCAGAAUGAGAUGCUCUGCAUCAUGAGGCACUACUUGGAUCCCAACGACACCGAACGCGUCUGCUGGCGUACCUUCGAAGACGACUGCGAUCAGGUGUUUACAAUAAAAGAGCUGGAGAAACACCCGGACGUGAAGGCGGGCGCGGCGGCGGCGGCGGUGGCGGAGCUGCCGCCGCCCGGGUCGGCGGACGAGCGCGGCGGGCCCAGCGAGGCCGCGCUCGACAUGGCGGAGGCCGCGCUCAUGCGCGUGCGCGCCGCCUGCAAGGAGCGCGCCAUUGAUCUGAGGCCGGCCUUCGCAGAACAUGAUCCACUGAACAACGGUCACGUUUCGCGUGCGCAAGUGCGUCGAGUCCUGGCGCGACUGGGGGUGCUGCCAACGGCGAUGCAGGUCAGGGCUCUCGAAGAGAGGUACCUCGACGACUGCGGCUUCAGCUACGUGCAGCUGUUGGAUGAGAUGGAGGAGCGUCCUGUGGAGAGCGCCACUAUAUCGUCGUCGCCGCCGCCCCCGCGCGGCCCCCCCGCCGGGCCCGACCCGCUGCAGACUGACAUCGUGCAGAUCCUAGCCAAAAUUAAAGGAAAGAUGGUGCGUGAGGGGCUCCGCCCCCGGGAAUUCCUGAAGCAGUUCGACCCGCGCAACGAGCUAGUGAUCCCGCGUGCAGACUUCUACCGUGGCCUCUCUUCCGCCGGCCUCUCACUCACUCCUCUCGAGAUGGAUACGCUCAUGGAAGUUUUCAGCGCGCCCGGGCGGCGGCGCUACGUGGAGUACGAGCGGUUCGCGGGCGUGGUGGGCGAGGCGCUGACGCAGGGCUCGCUGGAGCGCGCGCCGCUGCUGGAGCCCGUCCCGCACGUGCCCACGCACGACACGCCCAGGAACUUCCUCAACUUCGAGGAGAGGAGUCUCGUGUCCGGCGCGCUCGCCAAGCUAUCCAAAUUCCCAGAUCAGUUAUCCAAUGUUUUGGAAGUUUUCAAGGACAUGGACAAGGAGCGAUGCGGCACGCUGCCGCGUGUGUCGGUGGAGCGCGCGCUGUGCCAGCGCGGGAUGCUGCACCUCAUGUCGGCGCGCGAGCGCGAUCUGCUCUACCGCUGCUUCGGCUACCGGCGCGGCUGCGGCGACGAGGUUGAUUACCGAGGCCUGUGCAGCGCCCUGGACGUGCUGUUCGCGACCGGCAGCGCGCAGCCCUGCUAACGACGCACGGCUUGCAGCGCACACUAAAGUUUUAUUUAAAAUGUAUAGUUCGCAAGUGGCAGUCUUUAAUAAAGUAUUUCGUUACCUAUUUUUGUUUUUCUUCAAAUAAUAUAAAUAAGUUGGUAUAUAACUAGGUAGAUGGUAUCCCGCGUUUAUUACACUUAAGGCUUUUGACCAGAGCCAUGCUCAUCUACAAUUACAUCCUUCUACUACCUACAUAGAGGCGUUCCUAAACCACGCUUGCGGUAAACAGAUAUGGAAAUCAAAAAAUUUA